GAAUCGAACCUGGUCCAGACCAGUUCGACGUUUUGAUAGACCAGCAGCACAAUGAGACACCUGACGGCAUUCGCGAUUCUCGCUUUUUCUGCCCUGGCUUUAACGGAGGCGGCUGUGUACAUCGGCGGAGGUUGCUAUGACUGUAAUCCGCCCGGAGGCCAGGGACCCGGAGUCUACACAGGUGUCAAUGGAGGAGGCGGAGGUCGACCAAUAGGCGGUGGAGGAAACUAUUACAACAAUGCUGGAGGAGGCGGUGGAGGAGGUCGGCGUCCAGUCUACUCGGGCAACUUUGGACCUGGCUACAGCAAUGGUGGUGGCGGUGGAAGAGGAGGAGGUGGUUACGGUGGUGGAGGAGGAUACGACGAUGGUUUUACGCAGGUUAUAAGCGGCUGAGAAUGUAAUCUAUUAGCUUUGUCGCAGUAAGCCCCGCAAAUUAGCAAACGUCGGCAGAUUGUAUAUAAGAUAAGGCCCGAGCUUAUAAAAUGCAUUAUGGCUUAGCUUAAUAAAAUCUAAAAAUACCAAA